AUGAGGACGGGAGAUCAUUCCAAAGCCACAGCAGCACUUCUCGUCGUCUUCAUCCUCAUUGCGAGUGAAGUGGGAGUGGCGCUGGGAGCACCUGCCGCCAACAGCGCGACUGCUGGCGGCGGCAGUGGCGACUCCGCUGAUACCACGGGUGCGAGCAAGCCGACUAUUGCCACUGGUAUUAGGGGCGCGGCGAGCGUCGCGAGAGCGGGGAGCGCGGCGCGCGACACGGUGAACGCGGAGCUGCGAGUGGGCUCGGUGGUGCUCGCCGGCUCGCUCGCGCAGCCGCGCUCCGUCUCCUUCGACCUGGGGCGCUGCGAGCCCGUGCCCGAAACUAGCGGGGGCGCGGUGGAUGCGCUGGUGUGGUGGGACGUUUUUUCGGAUCGCACUGUGUGCAACGCGGUGCAGCUGUUCGCGUCGCCUGACUGCUCGGGGGCACCAGCCGCGAAAUACCCUUUCACAGGUUACAUGACUACUUUCAAGAUGGGCGCAUCAGUGAAGUCCAUCCGCUGCGUUAUCA